ACUCCAAUCCAAUUUAUCAUAAGAUAUUCCUUGGUGUGUGCUGCCUAUAUAUUAUUCUCCCCUAAUCUACUCGUGGUUUCUAAUCUAUCCUCGUUGAAUAUUAUCAUCAUUAUCCGAUCCGAUCUACAAUGGAGACGGAGCGCAUGAUCGACUUUCCCCACACCAACAUAAACAUGGAUCGCCGUCCCCGAAAACGACAGCGUUUGGGCUGGGACGUCGCUCCCCUCCCUCCUCCCCCUCCCUCUAUGGCUGAGCUAGAAUUUUUUUGUGCGCAAGAAGUUGCAAAUUUCACAAGCCUUUCAUCGGGAGCACCUACAGAAAAUACCAAUUCUUUGUCUUCGAAGGGAGCGGCUCGAAAUGGCUCUCCCCCAUGGCGUGAAGAUGACAAAGAUGGACAUUAUGUGUUUGCUGUUGGGGAUAAUCUAACAUCCCGCUAUAAGAUUCACAGCAAGAUGGGUGAAGGCACCUUUGGUCAAGUUUUAGAAUGCUGGGACAAGGAGGAGAAAGAAAUGGUAGCAAUUAAAAUUGUUCGGGGUGUUGAAAAAUAUCGGGAAGCGGCUAUGAUUGAAGUUGAUGUGCUGCAACAACUUGGUAAAAAUGACAAAGGGAGUAACUGCUGUGUGCAAUUAAGGAACUGGUUUGACUAUCGUAACCAUGUCUGUAUUGUCUUUGAGAAGCUUGGACCAAGCUUAUACGAUUUUCUACGGAAAAACAAUUAUCAAUCCUUUCCCAUUGAUAUUGUACGCGAGAUUGGCAGACAACUGCUGGACAGUGUAGCAUUCAUGCAUGAAUUGCGCCUUAUACACACAGACUUAAAGCCUGAGAACAUACUUCUUACAUCUUCCGAGUACAGUAGAAUUCCAUACUACAGGGGUUCUUCAAGAUCUCCAAAGGAUAGUUCAUACAGUAAGAGGAUUCCAAAAUCAAGUGCCAUCAAAGUUAUUGAUUUUGGCAGCACAACAUAUGAUCGUCAGGAUCAAACUUACAUUGUAUCAACAAGGCAUUACCGUGCACCAGAAGUCAUUUUAGGACUUGGGUGGAGUUACCCUUGUGAUAUUUGGAGUGUUGGCUGUAUCUUGGUUGAACUGUGUUCGGGGGAUGCUUUGUUCCAAACACAUGAGAAUUUGGAGCACCUUGCAAUGAUGGAGAGGGUCCUGGGACCAAUUCCACAUCACAUGUUGAAGAGAGUAGACCGGCAUGCUGAGAAGUAUAUUAGAAGGGGGAGGUUGGACUGGCCUGAAGGAGCUGCCUCCAGAGACAGCAUCAAAGCAGUUCACAAGUUGCCUCGCCUUCAGAACCUAAUCAUGCAACAUGUUGAUCAUUCUGCUGGUGACCUGAUACAUCUCCUGCAAGGACUGUUAAGGUAUGAUCCUUCAGAGAGGUUGACAGCUCACGAAGCAUUGAAACAUUCAUUCUUCACUAAAGACAGUGUCAGGAGAUCUUAACCUAGAGCAUAAGGUAGGAGCUUGCGCUUUUCUACAGUGUAAUUGAAUGGUGCAUGUAAUGAAGAUUUUGUUAUUUUAAGGGUUCGCUUGAUUGGGCAUGUAGUGAAAUGAAGAACUAGCCUGUAUCUCUGUACCAAAAGAAAAUAGUCUGUUUCCUUGUAACGAAGGAAGCUGUGUUCACUCUUCAGUCUUUGUAAAUAUGUAAAAUUACUUAAUGAAGUAUUAGCUUCAACUUCGGUCUAGUUUUAUAUAAAAGAUUAUUCCA